GUAAGCAAAACCUUGACAUAAAAAUAUGAUAACAUUAUUUCAAAGUUAAAGUGGCAAUAUAUAUUCUUGUUAUAAGUUGUAGGAUCUUAAAUAAAAAUGUUAAUGUUGACAAAUAAAAUGGAUCGGAAGUACGUGAAAGGAGGAGUUAAAAACAAAAUUAAAUUAAGAGAGAUACAUAAAAACCGCAUAAUUCAUGCACGUUUACACCUUCAUCGAAAAAUGGACAUGAAACCCCUCAGAAAACGUACGAUGUGGCCCACCUUCGAUAACUACAUCUGUUUCAUCUUUUUCCAACCACAAAACUAAAUUCGAUCACAAGAAACAAAGAAAGAAGAAAGAAAAUAAAUCAUAGGGCGUCACGCCGGAGCAGAAUGAUCAUAAACUGGCCGUUGUCAUGACUAAGGCUACCGACAUCGCCGCAGAUGACAGCAGCGACAGCGCCACCACAGGCCAAAUCGCCGCCACAGGCACCACCCCUGACAAGUCCGUUAUGGACGAAGCGAAAACAAAGAUAGAUGGCAGCGAUAACGAUGAACAGGAAAUGGCAGAUUCAGAUGGGGCUCCUCAAGAUUUGGCGCUGAAAAUCGAGUCUCGACAGAAUGUGUCGUGGGCGAAACAUCAUUCAGCCAAAGUAAGCAGUAGCUCAGAGAUGGAUGGCCUGAACCUUUCGGGUAUCGAUCAAAAGAAGGAACCAGUAUCCCUUGUUAAAAAUUAUCGGAUAUUUGUUGCAACAUGGAAUGUUGCAGGUAAAUGUCCAGAUUAUGGAUUAGAUCUUGAAGAUUUAUUGAAGGUCGAAAUCCCCGCUGACAUAUACGUGCUAGGGUUUCAGGAAGUUGUUCCCUUAAGUGCAGGAAAUGUGUUGGUGAGUGAAAACCACGAGCCAGCUGCAAUCUGGUUAUCACUAAUCAGCCAUGUCCUCAAUAGAAAACCACACACGGAUUCAGACCCGGAUUCGAACCAUCAAGCUCCGGAUCCAAAGCACGGUUGGUUUCAUAGGCAUUCGAUGAAACACACAAGCAGGACCAUUAGCGCAGAUGAUGCGCUUCUUAGGGCUUGCAACUGUGAAAUUAUCUCAUCAGUGUCAAGCAAGAAGUUCAGAAUGAAUCGGCAUUCUGACCCUUCGUUUUCGUUUACACAUGCUGCCAUUGAUGAUUUGAUUUCACAUGCUGAGGCGACUCCUUUACCUUACUGCCUUGUAGCCAGCAAACAAAUGGUUGGACUCUUUCUUUCGGUAUGGGUUAAGAGAGAGUUGGUGCAACAUAUCGCCCAUCUUGGGAUCUCUUGUGUUGGAAGAGGAAUCAUGGGGUAUCUAGGUAACAAGGGGUGUGUAGCUAUUAGCUUUACAUUGCAUAAAACGAGCUUUUGCUUCAUAUGUACUCACUUGGCGGCUGGAGAAAAGGAUGGCGAUGAAGUUAAGAGAAACUUGGACGUGACAGAGAUCUUGAAGAAUAGUCAUUUCCCACUAAACUGCAAGAAUCCUGUUCGCCGAUCCCCAGAAAGAAUCAUCGAUCAUGAUCGAAUAUUGUGGCUUGGAGACUUGAAUUAUAGACUGUCUUUAAGCUAUGAAGACGCUAAAAUACUGCUGGAUAAUAAUGAUUGGGACCCUCUCCUGGAAAAAGACCAGUUGAUUAUUGAGAGAGAAGCAGGAAGAGUUUUCAAUGGCUGGAACGAAGGAAAGAUAUCCUUCGCUCCAACCUACAAGUAUUCAGAGAAUUCAGAUAAUUAUGCUGGAGAAACCGUCAAAUCUAAGAAAAACCGACGAACUCCUGCAUGGUGUGACAGGAUACUUUGGCGUGGAGAUGGGUUUGAACAAUUAUCAUAUGGACGUAGAGAAUCAAGAUUCUCGGAUCAUAGACCAGUUUGUGCAACUUUUUCAGUUGAAGUUGAGAUGAAGAACAAGUGCACAAUGCUUCGUAAGGGCCUUUCGUAUGCUGCUGGCUCAAAAAUAGAGUUUAAAGAUUGCGUACGUCACAGGCAUAGUUUUGCAUUUGUUUGAAAGCAACGCUUUUGUACUUUGUAUUUAUGUUUAUAUUUCUAAAAAGUGAAAUUGGGACAUAAUAUAGUGGUUGACAAAUGCAACCGUAAACCAAAUUUUGUAAAGAAUUAUUCAAAAAGUUGUACAUCCGAUUUUGUGUUGUAAUAUGUACAAAACUAGUUACA